AUGCCGGCCUACAACUCCAUCUUCAACGACGAUCCCAACCCUCCCCGCCUGGUCGGCAACUUCCCUCUUCUCCCGCUGCGCACCAAGACCCGCGGACCGGCCUACACCCUACCCAUCCCAUCACCCCCGUUGCCCGCCGACCAGUCUCCCGACCCCGACAGCGAAAGCUACGACAUCCUCGACGAGGUCCUCUCGCUCUUUCGCGCCAACACCUUUUUCCGCAACUUUGAAAUCCAGGGCCCCGCCGAUCGCUUGCUCGUCUACGGGAUCUGGUUCCUGAGCGACUGCCUUCAAAAGAUCAAGCCUCACGCCACGGCGAGGGAUGCUCAGAAGGAGGUGAUGAACCUGGCGCUCGAUCUGAACUUUUCCAUCCCUGGGGAUCCUGGGUUUCCCCUCAACCAGAUGUACGAACCCCCAAGGGAUAGACAGGAUGCUGAGCAGCUCCGACAAUACAUGUCGCAGGUUCGGCAGGAGCUUGCGGCGAGGUUACUGGCACGGGUGUAUGCCGACGAUGAGACAAAGCCGAGCAAGUGGUGGCUGAGCUUCACCAAGAGAAAGUUUAUGGGUAAGGCGCUGUAG